AUGCAACGCCUGUUUACUCGAGGAGCUCUGGCGGCUGGCCUACAGGGGGUUGCCGUAACCCGUGCCGCCGUGCUUCCUGCGGUGCAACAGCCUCUGGCGGUGCAGGCUUCAAGGGGUUUUUCCUGGACUGUGUCGAGACACGAGGGAAAGAAGGAGGACAAGGAGGAAAGGAAAUGGUCCACGCCGCUGGCGAAACAGCUGGCAGAAGCUAUCUCGAUGACGGGCCCCGUUCCCCUUGCGAGCUAUAUGCGCAUGUGUCUAACGGGCGAUAUCGACGGAUACUACACGGGUCUAGCCGAGGAGAACAGAGACCAGUUUGGUUUGAAGGGCGACUUUGUCACCUCGCCCGAGAUCUCCCAGAUUUUCGGCGAGUUGAUCGGCGUAUGGUUCGUAGCAGAGUGGCUAAGCCAGGGCAAGCCUAAGCAGGGGGUUGAGCUUAUUGAGGUUGGCCCUGGACGCGGUACUCUGAUGGACGAUAUGCUUCGUACGAUCCAGAACUUCAAGGGUCUGGCGCAGAGCAUUGAUGCCAUCUAUAUGGUCGAGGCAAGCCCGCAGCUCCGCGAGGCGCAGAAGAAUCUCCUUUGUGGCCCUGAUGCGCCCAUGACAGAGUCCAAGGUUGGCUAUCAUAGCGUUUGCAAGUACACGAACUUGCCCAUCGUUUGGACUGAGACCAUUAAGUCCAUCCCGCAAAGCCCUAAUAAGAUGCCCUUCAUCGUAGCACACGAGUUCUUUGACGCACUCCCCAUCCACGUUUUUCAGGCCGUGAAUGUUCCCCACCCAUCGCUACCCAAGAAUCCAACGCCGGGUCCUCCCAUUCCGCCCAAGGUUGAGUGGCGCGAGAUGCUCGUCUCCCCGACUCCACCAGACGCAACCCACGCGACCAUGAAGAUCCCCAAGUCUGAACAGGGCGACCCGAUUCCCGACUUCCAGAUGACGCUCUCACCGGGCACUACCCGUCACUCGCGGUUUCUCCCCGAGAGCUCGUCCCGCUACCGCCGCCUCAAGGCCUCGGUCCCGGAUGCCGUUGUCGAAAUCUGCCCGGACGCUUCGCUCUACGCCUCCGACUUCGCCAGCCGCAUCGGCGGCUCCAAGCAGCACCCCAAGUCCCGACCCACAGGCGCCGCCCUGAUCCUCGACUACGGCACCUCCGACACCGUCCCCAUAAACUCGCUGCGGGGUAUCCGCCGCCACCGCCGCGUCAGCCCCUUUUCCGAACCCGGCCUUGUGGAUCUGAGCGCAGACGUCGACUUCACCGCCAUUGCCGAGGCUGCCACACGCGCGAGCCAGGGUGUUGAGGUACAUGGUCCCAUCGAACAAGGUGCGUUCCUGGAACUGAUGGGCAUCAGGCAGCGCGCCCAGGUGCUCAUCAACCAGGUCAGGGGGAAGGAAGAGUUCGUGAAGGCAGAGGACAUUGCGAAGGCUUGUGGACGCCUUAUCGACCGCGGCCCUGGAGGAAUGGGCAAGGUCUACAAGGUGAUGGCGAUCCUGCCGGAGAAUGACGGACGUAGACGUCCUGUUGGUUUUGGUGGCGACGUGUAA